AUGAUUAUGUAUUAUUCAGCAAUUGAUGGCUGGAAAACUACUGGCACUGGCAAAGAGAAAGAGACUGGUAAUGUCAGUGGCAAUGGAAGUGGCGGUGUGGCUAUUCCAAUUCAUGCUCCUAUUCCUGGGAUUCCCUCCGUUCCAAUGUCUCACGUGGAGAGACCGGGCAAAUUUGUUGGGGUCGAUUUCAAAAGGUGGCAACAGAAGAUGUUAUUCUAUCUCACCACCUUGAACUUGGCAAAGUGGCUUGUCGAGGAAGCACCCGUUAUUGCUGAGGACGAUCCUGACACUCAGAAGCGGAUUGAUGUGGCUAGGUGGAAAGAGCAUGACUACAUGUGCAAGAAUUACAUCUUGAAUGCUCUAGAUGAUUCGCUGUAUUCUGUGUAUGGCGAGGCUCCGUCGGCCAAGGAGUUAUGGGAAUCCUUAGACAGGAAAUACAAGAUCGAGGGUGCUGGGUCCAAAAAGUUUGUUGUGGGCCGGUUCCUUGAUUAUAUGAUGGUGGACUCCAAGUUUGUGGCAGUCCAAGUCCAAGUCCAAGAGCUGCAGCUCCUGCUCAAUGAGAUUAGGACUGAAGGGAUGAUUCUGAGUGAAGCAUUCCAGGUGGCCGCGGUCAUCCAUAAGCUACCUCCAGCAUGGAAAGAGUUCAAGAGCUAUCUCAUGUUCAAGAAUAAGGACCCUUGGAGAAUCUUUUCAUCAAGCUCCGUAUUGAAGAGGAGAAUCGAGGUAUGGAUAGGAGUGCAAAGGCCUCCUACAUGGCCAAGGCAAACAUGA